UUUAAAUUAAAAAAAACUUUUUUAUAAAAAUUAUUUUAUUAAAUUUUAAAAAACAAUAAUUAAAAAAAAUGGCACAAGUACAUCCACCAAAAGUUUACAUGAAUGGAAAUCCAAAAAAAAUGGCAAAUGGUUUUGAAAUGAGUGAUAUUCCAAAAAGUAAUGGUCAUCAACAAAAUGGGGCAGCACAAAAUGUUAAAGAAGAUGCUUAUAGAAAUAAUGUAGAUUACGAUAAACACACUGAUAAAAAUAUUGACAAAGAUACGGUUCAAAAUGGAUUUUCACAAAAUGAAUACAGUUAUGAAACUCUUGUUACAUCAGCUAAUUACAUCAAAUCUAAAAUUCCAUUUACACCAAAAAUUGGAGUCAUUUGUGGCUCUGGGCUAGAUCCUUCGUUUUUAGGAUUGGUAGCCAAAGUUAUUGAAAACUCCAUCAUCAUUCCAUAUUCAGAAAUACCAAAUUUCCCAGUAUCUACAGUACAUGGUCAUGCUGGUCGAUUAAUAAUUGGAUAUUUAAAUGGCGUCCCUGUAAUGUGUAUGCAAGGGCGAUUCCACUACUAUGAAGGUUAUCCAUUAUGGAAAUGUUCCAUGCCAGUACGUGUCAUGAAAUUGGUCGGUAUCGAACAUUUAAUUACAACAAACGCAGCUGGAGGACUAAAUCCUGACUACAAAGUUGGUGAUAUUAUGCUUAUGAAAGACCAUAUCAAUAUUAUGGGAUUUGCUGGAAACAGCCCAUUACAAGGACCAAAUGAUGAACGAUUCGGUCCACGAUUUUUACCAAUGAAUAAAGCCUAUAACAGUGAUUUAAUUAAAUUGGGUAAAGAAGUUGCCAAAGAAUUAAAUAUUGCUGAUAUUGUCAAAGAAGGUGUAUACACAUGCUUGGGAGGACCAAAUUUUGAAACUGUUGCUGAAUUAAAAAUGUUGAAAUUAGUCGGUGUUGAUGCUGUUGGAAUGUCUACAGUCAGUGAAGUAAUUACAGCACGUCACUGCGAUUUAACAGUAUUUGCCUUUAGUUUAAUUACAAAUAUAUGCAUUACUGAUUAUGAGAGUCAUGAAGAAGCCAAUCACAUUGAAGUAUUAGAUGCUGGCAAAGAAAGAGAACAUAUUUUACAGCAAUAUGUCACACGAAUGGUAGAAAAAAUAGGAAAUCUUAAGAAAUAAACUUGCGUAAUAUUCCUAAUGGAUUUAUACAAAAAAAAUGUGAUUUUUCAAUCACAUUUAACGCCUGAAACACGUGCAAGAUUUAAUGGAAAUUUAAAUUUACGCUGAAAUACUACAUGCAAUUAUUUUAUACGUAUUUAAAUACGGUGUUCGAAAGGACCUCAAUUCAACCCUAAUAAGAAUUAAAUUUCUAGAAUGGUGAACACUACGUUAUACUUAACAAAAUCAUUUACUCAAUUUUGCCGUUGUUGUACCACAACUGUCAAGAUUCGGAUUAGACCAGUCUAGAUAUUUUUUUAUCUUAAGAGAAUUUAUAUUUAUCACGAAUUUUUGAAAAUUCAAUGCCCAAAAUACUAUAACAAAAUACAACAUUGUCGUCAAAUGUGCAAGCCAAAAUGGAUAACUGGUUUUUCAAGGAUAUUUGCAAACAGUAUGAGAGUAGAAUGUAUCCUACUCUCUGUCUUUGGACGCCAUUACUUCGUCUAUUAUUUUAUGGAUAAAUUACAUUUUUAACAAAUUGAUUCUCAUUCUCAAUAUGAUUAGAAUAUUGAGCAUUCACGAUUAAUUAGGUAGAAACUUUGAAAUUCAAUAACUACUGAGAAGUAAUCAGUAAAUGGGCCUUGAAAUCAUUCUAAACCGGAGAAGCAAACUAGAAAACAAAACUCAAAGUAUUAAUGAUUAAAACACGAUCGUUUAUAUUAUUAUUUUCGUCCACGAUUUACGAUAAGUUCCUACCCUUAACAUUAUAUAAACUAAACCUUGAUUGUUUUUUAAUUUUGUAGUCUUGAAAUAAUUUAGACUACUCACAGUUUCAUUAAAUUUUUUAAACUAAUCCCAUUUUAGAAUAUUCGCUAGAUACAUUUAUUUCAAUAAUAAAACUCAGAUAGUUUAAAAAUAUAUAAUA